AUGUCUCUAGCUAACGAGGCCCUCAAAGCAUACCGUGGUGCUCUGCGCGCUACGUCGAUUGCAUUUCAAGGCGAUCUUGCCACUCUCCAGGCUGCCCGCGCCCAAAUCCGGUCAAAAAUGGUCUUGAAUGUGGAUCCUGACAUGCCAGAGAAGAGCGUUGAGGACAGAAUCAAGCACCUGGACCAGGUUUCUCUGUUCCUGCGUCGCAACAUCGUUCAGGGCAAGAAAGAGGAGGAGGACGACAAGUACUUCCUGAACAUCCACAAUGACACAGAGCUUGGUGACAACGACGACAUCAAGAAGAAGAAGAGAAGUACUUUUGGCGGCCAGAUGGCAGCUGGCGGAGGCUGCUGCGGUGGCGGAGAGAUCAAGAUGAGCGAGAGACGGUCUUGA